AUGAAGUUCCUCCUAUGUACAUCAGAAUGGAUUUUGAAUGAGACCUUCUUCUACAGCAGACUUGGAGUUAAUACCUCCUUCUCUUUGGAUAUACCCUCUUCAAAAGGCAUCCAAGAAUGGAUUGUCUAUUCUCCAUAUUUUAAGACAAAGAUGUUUCUGAUCCCACCAAUCAUAUGCCUUAUAGCCGCUAUCUUCGUCAUUCCUUUCAUCUUGUUUGUGAUUUUUUCCCAUGUCAACAUCCGCCAGGAAACAAGGUACUUGUUGCUGGGGAAUGCUUUGAUUUGUGAUUUGCUAUAUCUGAUACUCUACACCAUGUCUGAGGUUUUGAGUGUGUCUUACCUCAGGCUUUCCAAAAGUGCCUGCGUAGUCCUGUUGUUUUUGUUAGCAAUGACUUAUUGUGGAGGGCUGCUAACAGCUGCAGCAAUGGUACUGGACACAUACUUGGCCAUUCUUUGGCCUUUACAUUAUCUCUCCAUUUUGCCUUCUUCACGCACAAAGAAGCUGAUACUAUUUCUAUGGAUCUCUUCUGGGAUUUUCCCUGGGAUUGUCUUUUUAAUACUCAAGAGUACUCAGAAACCCAGUGUGUGUUCUAUGGAAGACUGUUCAGUUCCCAUAAUUCUGGCAAUGAUUUUACAUGGAAACAAUGCAGUGAAAUGUUGCUAUGUCCUUUCAGUCUCUGCCCUUUUCCUCUGUUUGUUCCUUGUGCUCUGUUGUUAUAUGAUCCUGUAUUUCAAAACAAAAGAGUCAGGGAUAUGGAAGAGCAUCUGCUCUAGAGCAAGCGUGACAUUCCUGAUGCACCAAAUUAUUUUGUUCUUUCAUUUCUCUCCUCUCUUGGCCACCGUGGUAGAGUCACUGCUCUAUGUUAACGCUAUCAUAGGACCACAGACAGGCAUAUGGCUCUCUCUGGUUGUCUGCAAUGUGUUGAUUAUUCUGCCCAAAGCUUUGUCACCUUACCUCUGUGGGCUCCGAUACAGAGAGAUCUCCUCCUCCCUUAAGUUCUUUCUUAGAUGGAAACAUUCUACUGUGGUGUCUCCUGCUUCUUCUGCUUGA